AUGACUCCAGAAAACAGCAACAAGGACAUUGACAUCGAGUCAGAAAGUAAUGCAUUCAAAGAUGAUGAGCGCACUGGACGUUCCACACAAAUCACCUUUGAGGGGUCCACACCUGCAGAGGGGUUCCGAUCUAUCUACCAGACUCAGAGCAAUCGCCCCCGUUCGAUAAGCCGUGAUACCAUUCAUAGCACCAGAAGCAGCAUCCAGGGGAUGCCCGAACUGCCAAUUGAGUUUCGAACCAUCUCCAUUCAAAUUUCGGAAUCCCAAAAUGCCCCUAAGCAGGCUAUCGUCAAUGCCACAGAGAAGCAGCCUCAUCAAGACUACUUCGAGAGCUUGGACUUCCAUAUCAUAUCCCCCGACAGCCUGUGUCGAGAAUUCAAUGUGGAUCAGCGCACUGGACUAAGUUCGUCCUCGGCGGCCACACGUUUGCAGCGAGAUGGCAAGAAUGUCAUUGCCCACCACGGAGAGAACUAUCUCAAGAAGAUAUUCUUCUACGUCUUCGGUGGAUUCUGCUCUGUUCUUUGGGUUGGAGUCGUCAUCUUCUUCAUUUGCUGGAAGCCUCUCAGUAACCCACCCUCGUCUCAAAAUCUUUCUCUGGCUGUCCUCAUUUUGAUCGUCAUUGCUUUACAGGCAGGCUUCUCAGCUUUCCAAGAUUGGUCCACGAAGCGUGUCAUGAACUCGAUCCUAGACCUACUCCCCGCCGAAGCCAUGGUGCUGCGAGAUGGGAAACUCAUUCACAUCCCUGCCACGGACCUGGUUGCGGGUGAUAUUGUUCACAUUGGAAUUGGCAACAAAGUCCCAGCUGACAUGCGCCUUUUGUCCAGCUCGGGCGAUGUUCGCUUUGACCGUGCUAUUCUGACAGGCGAGUCGGAUGAGGUUGAAGGCGCCAUUGAUUGCACCGAGACCAACUUCUUAGAGACUCGCAAUAUUGCCCUCAUGGGAACCGGUGUUACCAAUGGGAAUGCUAUUGGGAUUGUCAUUUUGACCGGAUCUCGCUCUGUGAUGGGCCGUAUUGCGUCGAUGACGGCUGGUGUCAAGCAAAAGACAACCCUGAUCCAACGCGAGAUCAAUCGCUUCGUUACUAUUAUUGUCAUUCUUACAGUGGUCCUGGCUUUGCUGAUCCUGCUUACCUGGCUAGGAUGGCUGCGCAAGGAUCAUCAUUCCUACAUGAGCGUUGUAGCCAUGUUGAACAAUGUCAUGGGGUGUGUUGUUGCCUUCAUACCCGAAGGCAUGCCUGUCGCCGUCGCUUUGACCCUUAUGAUGAUUGCCAAGCGGAUGAAGCAGACCAACAUUUUGCCCAAGGGCCUGUCAACCGUUGAGACUCUGGGCUGUGUGAAUGUACUCUGCUCCGACAAGACUGGCACUCUCACUCAAAACCGCAUGUUUGUCAAGUCACUCGGAAUGGUUGAUUGGGAAUACAGCCUCGAGGAUUUAGCGCCUGGGGGGUUCGGAACUGUUGAUCUUCCCGAAGGCUUAAAAAGGAUGCUGCAAGCAUCUGUUCUGUGCAACGACGCCACCUUCGACCCGACUACAUUGCAUCUGCCCGUUCAUGAACGUGAUGUUAACGGCAAUGCUACAGAUGCAGCGGUUUUGAGAUUUGGUGACAGUUUUGGAUUAAUUUCUCCAACUGCCCUGGCUUUAUAUGAACGUGUUCAUCAGAUUCCAUUCAACUCGAAGAACAAGUGGAUGCUUACCUUGCACCGUGAUCCUAAAUCCACCAAGGAGUUCAUUCUCUACGUCAAGGGAGCACCAGAUGUGCUGUUGGGUCGUUGCACCACUUACUGGUCUGCUGUUCAUAAUGCAGUUCGUCCACUAGAUGUCGAGUCACGGGAAAAAUUCUCCAACUUCCAGGCUAAACUAUCACGUCGUGCAGAGCGGGUGAUUGUCAUCUGCCAGCGUCGUUACAUUCCACACUCUGCCCCUGGCUCCAACGAUUUCAGCAAUGAGAUGUUAGACGACGGUGUGCAGGAUCUCACAGUUCUCGGUAUCUUUGGAAUUAUUGAUCCACCACGCCCGGAGACGGCUUCGACUGUCGCAGCUUGCCGCAAGGCGGGUAUCCGAUUCUUCAUGGUUACCGGCGACUUCGGACUGACUGCAGCUGCUAUCGCUCGUGAGAUUGGAAUCUAUGACGGACAAGCUGAGCCUGACACCAUCGAAGAGCUGAGGGAUGGCCUCGAUCAAUCGAUGGAAGUCAAAGUUCCGAAGUCCCGACACAGCUUGCUUCUUGAAGGACCCAACUUGUCAGCGUUGACUUCAGAGCACUGGGAAAUAGUGUGCGGCUACGAUGAGAUUGUAUUCGCUCGCACGACCCCCGAGCAAAAGCUUCGCAUUGUGACAGAACUUCAAGCUCGUAGUUGCGUGGUUGCUGUGACAGGUGAUGGUGUCAAUGAUGCCCCGGCCCUGCGUGCCGCAGACGUGGGUAUCGCAGUCGGAUCCGGCAGCGAUGUGGCAAUCGAGGCCGCUGAUCUGGUGCUCUUGGACAAGUUCGACUCCAUCAUUGAGGCUAUUCGCCUUGGUCGGUUGGUCUUCCAGAACCUGCAAAAGGUCAUCGCCUACCUCCUCCCAGCAGGUAGUUGGUCCGAGAUUUGGCCCGUGAUCAUGAACGUCUUCUUCGGCUGUCCUUCUCCGCUCAGCACCUUCCUCAUGAUCAUCGUCUGUGUCUUCACCGACCUGUUCCUAUCCCUUUCACUCAUCAUGGAGAAAGAAGAAUUCGACCUCCUCAGCCUGCCCCCACGCCGUCCUACCAAAGAUCACCUCAUCAACCUCCGCAUCUAUGGCCAGUCGUACCUGUUCGUCGGUGUGAUGGAAGCCUUCAGUGCCCACGCCAUGUUCUUCCUGUACAUGUGGCGACACGCAGGGAUUUCCUUCUCCGACCUCAUCUUUGCGUUCGAGGGCUAUUCCGAGGGCUUCCACGGAUAUACCGCGGACGAAUUGAACCACUUCGUCAGCGUAGGCCAGUCUGUCUACUUCGUGACCCUGGUCAUCAUGCAAUGGGGCAACGUCUUGUCUGUCCGCAGCAAGCGCAUGUCCAUCCUCCAAGCUGAUCCGAUCCGUCCAGCCCGUCGCAACCCGUGGCUGCCUCUGGCCAUUCUCAUUUCGUUCAUCAUCGCUAUCUUUGUCACGGAAGUCCCAGGCAUCCAGAACCUCUUCAGCACGGCCUCAGUCCCAAUUGAGUUCUGGUGUAUCCCACUUGGCCUUGCACUGGGCGUCCUUUGUAUGGACGAACUGCGCAAGGUGCUAGUCCGACUAUUCCCCAAGGGACCUGUGGCCUGGGCCUCGUGGUAA